UGCCUAACUCGAACAUUACAUUUAGACCAAAAAUCGUAUUUUUGUUUUUAUACAUUUUUACGAUAUAAACCAUUUUGACGUUGACGCUGUGGUAACCCACUCACCGUGUCAUCAUCAUCAUUUCAUUUCACUAGGAGAUCUUAGCGCUGCUACAUCAUCUUGAGACAACUGCGAAACGAAGGAAAUCCAUCUCAGUCAAGAACCGAGUAAAGGAGGCGCCGAUAGCUAGAUUCCUGAACCUGUAUUUCUCUAUUGCUGGGGCAAAUAAACGGUUCAGAAAUGGUCUUGUGGUGAGGUGUUGCUGCAUAAGGCUGUGAGGAGGAGCAACUGACGACAGAGCCAAACUUACUGACACGCACUCACCAGCCUCCCAUGGACGGCACACUCUGAGACAGCACUUGAGAGGAGAGAAACAACAGGAGUGGGAGCAGAGGAGAGAAGAAGGAGCUGAGGAGAGCAGGAGGGACGUGACGAUGUCGUCCAACAGGGGCCAGAACCCACAUGGGCUGAAGCAGAUCGGGCUGGACCAGAUCUGGGACGACCUGAGGGCUGGCAUCCACCAGGUGUACACACGGCAGAGCAUGGCGAAGUCACGCUACAUGGAGCUCUACACCCAUGUGUAUAACUACUGUACCAGCGUGCACCAGUCCAGUCAAGGCCGGGGGUCUGCCGUCCCCAACAAGCCCUCCAAGAAGAGCAGUACUCCUGGGGGGGCCCAGUUCGUAGGCCUGGAACUCUACAAGAGACUCAAGGAGUUCCUCAAGAACUACCUGACCAGUCUGCUCAUGGAUGGUGAGGACCUGAUGGAUGAGUGUGUGUUGAAGUUCUACACACAGCAGUGGGAGGAUUACCGGUUCUCCAGUAAGGUGCUGAAUGGGAUCUGUGCUUACCUCAACAGGCACUGGGUCAGACGUGAAUGUGAUGAGGGACGCAAGGGCAUCUACGAGAUCUACUCGUUGGCGUUGGUAACGUGGAGGGAGUGUCUAUUCAGACCCCUAAACAAACAGGUAACGAAUGCGGUCCUGAAGCUGAUCGAGAAGGAGAGGAAUGGAGAGACCAUCAACACCAGACUCAUCAGUGGUGUGGUGCAGUCCUACGUGGAGCUGGGGCUGAAUGAGGAGGAUGCGUUUGCUAAGGGUCCUACGCUGUCAGUGUAUAAAGAAUACUUUGAGUGCCAGUUCCUCACGGACACUGAACGCUUCUACACACGAGAGAGCACCGAGUUCCUCCAACAGAACCCUGUUACUGAGUAUAUGAAGAAGGCCGAGGCCCGUCUGCUAGAGGAACAGAGGCGUGUGCAGGUGUACCUCCAUGAGUCCACUCAGGAUGAGCUGGCCAGGCGGUGUGAACAGGUGCUCAUAGAGAAACACCUGGAGAUCUUCCACACAGAGUUCCAGAAUCUACUGGAUGCUGACAAGAACCAAGAUCUAGGUCGGAUGUAUAACUUGGUGUCUCGUAUAACGGAUGGCCUGGGAGAGCUAAAGAAACUCCUAGAAACACACAUCCACAACCAGGGCCUGGCCGCUAUAGAGAAAUGUGGGGAGGCCGCUCUCAACGACCCUAAGGUGUAUGUCCAGACCACACUGAACGUCCAUAAGAAGUACAACGCUCUGGUCAUGUCUGCCUUCAACAACGACGCUGGCUUCGUAGCUGCUCUAGACAAGGCGUGUGGUCGUUUCAUCAACAACAACACGGUCACUAAGAUGGCCCAGUCCUCCAGCAAAUCACCUGAACUACUGGCUAGAUACUGUGACUCUCUGCUCAAGAAGAGUUCUAAGAACCCAGAAGAGGCAGAGUUGGAGGACACACUCAACCAAGUGAUGGUGGUGUUUAAGUACAUAGAGGACAAGGAUGUGUUCCAGAAGUUCUAUGCUAAGAUGCUGGCUAAACGCCUCGUCCACCAGAACAGUGCUAGCGACGACGCAGAGGCUAGCAUGAUCUCCAAACUCAAGCAAGCGUGUGGCUUUGAGUACACAUCUAAACUACAGAGGAUGUUCCAGGACAUCGGAGUCAGCAAAGACCUCAACGAACAGUUCAAGAAACACCUGACCAACUCUGAACCUCUCGACUUGGACUUCAGUAUCCAGGUGUUGAGUUCCGGGUCCUGGCCGUUCCAGCAAUCAUGCACUUUCGCUCUGCCCUCCGAGUUGGAGCGUAGCUACCAGCGGUUCACAGCAUUCUACGGCAGCAGACACAGCGGUCGGAAACUCACCUGGCUCUACCACCUGUCUAAAGGAGAGCUGGUCACCAACUGCUUUAAAAACAGGUACACUCUGCAGGCCUCUACCUUCCAGAUGGCAAUCCUGCUGCAGUACAACACAGAGGACCUGUACUCCGUACAACAACUCACUGACAGCACACAGAUCAAAACCGACAUUCUGGUUCAAGUGUUGCAGAUCUUGUUGAAAUCCAAAUUGCUGGUCCUGGAGGAUGAGAAUGCUAACAUAGACGAAGUGGAGUUCAAACCAGAAACCCUGAUCAAACUCUUCCUGGGAUACAAGAAUAAGAAGCUGCGUGUGAACAUUAACGUUCCUAUGAAGACUGAACAGAAACAGGAGCAGGAGACCACACACAAGAACAUAGAGGAGGACCGCAAGCUCCUCAUACAGGCUGCCAUAGUGAGGAUAAUGAAGAUGAGGAAGGUUCUGAAACACCAGCAGCUCCUGGCUGAAGUCCUAAACCAGCUCUCGUCCCGCUUCAAACCCAGAGUCCCUGUCAUUAAGAAGUGUAUAGACAUCCUGAUAGAGAAGGAGUAUCUGGAGAGAGUGGAUGGAGAGAAAGACACGUACAGCUACUUGGCUUAACCCGCCCCUUUCCCUCUCAUUUUUGUCUUUUUUUUUAUGUCCGAGUAAUAAAGUGUGGUUCUUCUGACUGGCAGACGUGUGUGUGCUCAGUGGGACAUAUACACAUGGACACACUAUCUUGUUUUGAUAUGCAAAUAUGAUCAGACCCACCCCAUGGCAUAGUGCGAAGUCCAACCAGAGAGCUGUGUCCAUAGUUACUGCAUGCAACUGCCUCCCUGCUAGCCUGGUCUCAGAUUGAUAUCCUACGAAGCAGGUUUGAGGAGUUAGCGAGCUAACUUUGGUCAACUGAGUUCAACUCAGGAUAAGCGGUCAUACGAAAGUGGCUCACGUUUUUAGCCAGGUACAUUUAUAUGGCAAUGAAUCCUUCAGAACUAUCCUGCUCUGAUGCAGGCUAACUCCACUUACCUUGAAUGAAAUGACUGGGCCUUGAGGACCAAUGAAAUCAGAUUCCCUCAUCAACCCCUUCAUUUCAGGAAGAUGACUGAUUUUUGAUGAAUCAAAUGUGUUAUGUUAAAAUCACAUUACAUAUUUUAGUAAUGUCAGAAUGCAUUUUAAACUUAACGCAAUGUAACUUUUGUAUGACUUAAUACAAAAAAGUGUGUAUAUAAGAGGGGGGGUGCUUGUGCAUUGAUAAGCACACCAAAGCAGGCAUUAAUAAAAUAAAGACAGCCCUUCUAAAAGCAUUUCACACAGCAGUCUGCUGAAUUUGCAAGAUGCAUUUUGAUUUCGGCACAAAUUAAAAUGUUAAACUGAGUUACCCAUGGAUUGAUUUUUGUCUCAUGAGUUUGCCGUGCGACAUGCACGCGCAGUUACAAGCCUGCUAUAGUUAGCCGCAGACAAGACAUUUUGACCGUUGUAGUGUACGGAUGAAGCCUGAGCUGGUUUGUGAAGCUGGUUAGUUUUAGAAAACCCAGAGUAGAUCUAGCUUGCUUCGUAGGAUACURAGGUGUUGUAGCAGCUAACUAUCMUUAUCAUCCCAGACAAACAUAACACACACUAGGAGGAGUUGGCUGAAGCACACAGAACUGGACCAGUACAAUACCUCCAUGUAGCCAGAGGAGUAGAGAUGACUGGUUUUACCACCGGUCUGGACGAAGGAAAUAAAUUGUCUGGAUUAAAUGGAGACGCCCCUGCAAUUUAAAUCUGAGUCGGAGGGCUCUAUUCAAUCUGUAUCGCUGAAGUUCAGCGGAGACUGCAUUCACAGUAAACGCUACAUAUUGCCUCAAACUACCUUUUAAUUCCUAUCGCGUAGAGCACUGAAUCAGCACUGCUGAAGUGUUGGAUCCACUGAACUGGUGCCCCAUCCCUAGCCUCUUCCCCCACUGGGUCUUGUAAAAUCCCUGGUAUGGGGUUAGGGUUUCAUAGGGGAUUGGACCUGUAACCCCUGUAUCAUUACUGCAAUGAGGAAACCAUUUGUAUAGUGUGGUUCAUUUUACAAAUGUGUGCUAAAUAAAGUCAAGGUUUCUCUA